AUGCAACAAUGUAAAGAGCAUGGUGUUGAUAUUGUUGUUGGCGCUAAUCGUGAUAUUGUGCAAAAACAAGUCAUUGAUCAACUUAACAGACAUCUCAUCAGAAGAGUCAUUCUAAUUGGCAUCGCUGGUCCAUCCGGUUGCGGAAAGACGACAUAUGCAAACCACUUGGUCCAGUAUCUCCAAUCACCCAUUCCACCAAUCUCAUUGGACGAUUAUUUUACAAAACCAAUCUAUAUUGAUCAUCCUAUUCUUGGGAGGAUUCGGAGUUUUGAGCAACCUGAAACGUUAGAUAUCACGGCUUUUCUCACUUCACUCCGUCAAAUCAAAGACAAGUGGGCAAGAACUCCUUUUGAUCAAAUGAACCCUGUUGCAGAGAAAAAUAAUCCUAUUUUUGUAGUUGUGGAAGGUUUUCUUCUUUUUGCUUUAUCAAACAAUGUAACAUCAAUGUUUGAUAUUCGAGUUUUUCUUGAUUCGACACAAGCUCGUUGUCGUAUGCAACGUUUUCGACGGACGUCUAAAGUGCACCCUGCAGUAUUAGAUUCACAAGUGAUAAUUACUGAUAAAUUUUCUCGAUGGUUUGAUAACUUGGUUUGGGCUGAAUAUUUAAAACGGCGUGAUGUUCAAAUGGCAAAUGCAGAAAAAGUGUUUAAACCUGAAGAAUAUCAAAAUAACAACUUUACAAUCCUUGACGCCUAUAUAUGCCAACGAUUGAAAGAAAUCGUUUAA